GCGUUAGAAUGUGCGAAAGAAAGGGGCCAACUCUGUCAAAGAAGGCGCGCCCCCUGCUGCCCACAGAUCAGGAGGGGGGACGAAGUUGAAGCGUCGCGCGCGCCAGGGAGGUGGUUCUAACCCCACCCACCACCUGUGUGCUGGCAGAAGCCGCCGUCCCUCCCAUCUUCGGGUGGGAAAAGAGAGAGGGGAGCGCGCCACCCUCCACGGGACUGAACGACCUGGCAGACGCGUGGCGCGUGCGCGACUGUGCAUGCGCGCGCAGACCUGAAAGAAGAAGUGCGAGGCGGUGCCGCCUCCCACCACCCGCUAUCCCGCGGAAUCACUUCACCCAUUGGGGCGCCGCGCGUGGAAGAGGGUGGCGCGCCUCCGCUCGUCAUUUGCUUCCCUUUCGCCGCCGUGGGGGUUGUUUUGUGAGGGGGAAAAGCGGCCGCCGGGCUGAAGGGGGAGGGGGCAGCGGCAGGCGCCGCCGCCGCCGCCGCCAUCACCAUCCCUGUCUCCGUCAGCAUCGCCCCCUGCUUGGCUGUAUCUGGAGGAAGGAAGGAAGGAAGGAGUGAGCCGCCACCGCUCCUCCUCCUCCUCCUCGGGAUGUGGUGAGGGAGGCAGGGAAGGCACCCCCACCUCUGCCUCGCAGCCCCUCUCCCAAAACUCCGGGGCAGAGGAAGGGAAGGAGGAGAAGCCGAAGUUGCCGCGCCCGGAGAGGAGCCCGGACAGACCCCGACGCCGGAGGAGGUUUGGUGCUCUCGACUGACUUUGCAAGACAUGGCCUUUCUGCAGUAAAAUUCUGGAUUCUACAUUGUUACCAACAUGGGGGCUACUUUGCAAAUAUUACCCAAUUUGCAGAACCCAAUCAUGGCAGCAUUUUUUCCCAAACUAUUAAACAGUUUUUGGGGCGUGCUGAUUAGACCAGAACCACCAUGUUUCGGAACAGUCUCAAGAUGCUUCUUACGGGUGGGAAAUCAAACCGCAAAAACAGAUCCAGUGAUGGAGGAGGCGAAGAACCAUCAGACCGAAGGCAGGCAAGCAUAGAUUACUGUCAGAGCCGUUCUGGGCAAGGUGGCAGCUCCACAGAGAACGAUUGUGCUUUUGAACCAGAGUAUGCUAUCCCAACACUCCCAGUGCCUGAAGGUAUGCAGCACAUUCGGAUUAUGGAAGGCAUGUCCCGCUCUCUCCCAUCCUCCCCAUUACUAACACAUCAGUCUAUCAGUGUUCGGCUCCAGCCCAUGAAGAAAUUGACUGUUCUCUUCCAAGUCUUGUGCUGCUACAGUUCAGACCAUAAUAUGGUGAUGCUGAGUACUUGCACCCUAGCUCCUCUAAGGAAGGCAAAAUUUGUUGAGAGCCCUCGAAUUCCAGAAUCUGAGCUUGGCUCACCAACUCUCACUUCAGCACCAAAACUGGACCUUGAUACCUACUGCCCUGGUGAAGCUGAGCAGGAGCUGGGACCCCCUCCAUCUGUAGAUGAGGCAGCAAACACACUCAUGACUCGCCUGGGUUUCCUUCUGGGAGAGAAAGUCACUGAAGUGCAGGCAGGACAGCAAUACAGUAUGGAAGUACAGGAGGACAAUCAGACCUCAGCAGUGUCCCAACGAAUAAGUCCUUGUUCCACGCUGACCAGCAGUACUGCUUCGCCACCUGCCAGUAGUCCAUGCUCCACCCUCCCUCAAGCUAGUACCAAGGAUGUUAUAGCGAAAGACUGCAGUUAUGGAGCUGUCACCAGCCCCACUUCUACUCUUGAAAGCAGAGACAGUGGCAUCAUAGCAACACUGACAAGCUAUUCCGAAAAUAUGGAUCGUACUAAGUAUGGAGGGGAAAGCAGUAAAGAAUUAGGAUCGGGAGGAAACCUGAAACCUUGGCAGACUCAAAAAUCCAGCAUAGACUCUUGUUUAUAUCGAGUGGAUGAAAACAUGACAGCCUCUACGUACAGUUUGAACAAGAUCCCAGAAAGGAACCUAGAGACUGUUUUAUCCCAAUCAGUACAAUCCAUUCCACUCUACCUUAUGCCUCGCCCAAACUCCGUAGCAGCCACCAGCUCAGCCCAUUUAGAAGAUCUAGCUUAUCUAGACGAGCAGCGACAUGCCCCCCUACGAACAUCUCUCCGGAUGCCUCGCCAGAGUAUGGCUGGUGCUCGCACACAACAGGACCUAAGAGUACGCUUUGCACCUUACAGACCUCCUGACAUCUCUCUGAAACCACUGCUUUUCGAGGUGCCCAGCAUUACCACAGAAUCUGUAUUUGUUGGCCGAGACUGGGUGUUCCAAGAGAUUGAUGUGCAACUGCAGAGUGCCGAUGCCAGUGUGAACAGAGGUGUGGUGAUAGUUGGAAAUAUAGGCUUUGGCAAGACAGCAAUCAUCUCCAGACUGGUUGCACUGAGCUGCCAUGGCACACGCAUGAGGCAGAUUGCUUCUGACAGUCCUCAUGCAUCCCCAAAACAUGUUGAUGCAAACCGAGAGCUUCCUCUUACUCAACCACCUUCUGCUCACUCCUCCAUCACUAGUGGAAGCUGCCCUGGCACCCCAGAAAUGCGCAGACGUCAGGAGGAGGCUAUGCGGAGGCUUGCUGCCCAGGUUGUUGCCUAUCACUACUGCCAAGCUGAUAAUGCCUACACCUGUCUUGUGCCAGAGUUCGUACACAAUGUGGCAGCCUUGCUGUGCCGCUCCCCCCAGUUUGUUGCCUACAGAGAGCAGCUGUUGCGGGAACCACAUCUGCAAAGCAUGCUUAGCUUGCGAUCCUGUGUUCAGGAUCCCUUAGCUUCUUUUCGGAGGGGAGUUCUGGAGCCCUUGGAAAGCCUUCAUAAAGAGCGAAAGAUCCCCAAUGAAGAUUUCAUCAUAUUAAUUGAUGGGUUAAACGAAGCUGAAUUUCACAAACCCGACUAUGGGGAUACAAUAGUAUCAUUCCUGAGCAAAAUGAUAGGGAAAUUUCCAUCCUGGCUGAAACUGAUUGUGACGGUUAGAACAAGUCUACAGGAAAUAAUUAAGUUAUUACCCUUCCAUAGGAUAUUCCUGGACAGACUGGAAGAGAAUGAAGCUAUAGAUCAGGAUCUUCAAGCCUACAUCCUACACAGAAUACAUAGCAGCUCUGAGAUACAGAAUAACAUCUCUCUUAAUGGUAAAAUGGACAACACAACCUUUGGCAAACUCAGUUCUCAUCUCAAAACUCUGAGUCAAGGAUCCUACCUGUACCUUAAGCUCACAUUUGAUCUAAUAGAGAAGGGCUAUUUGGUGUUAAAAAGCUCCAGUUAUAAGGUAGUUCCCGUCUCCCUUUCGGAGGUGUACCUACUGCAGUGCAAUAUGAAGUUUCCAACACAGUCUUCCUUUGACCGGGUGAUGCCUCUCUUGAAUGUGGCAGUAGCAUCUCUGCACCCCUUGACUGAUGAGCAUAUUUUCCAGGCAAUCAAUGCAGGAAGCAUUGAAAGUUCCUUGGAAUGGGAGGACUUUCAGCAAAGGAUGGAGAACCUCUCCAUGUUUCUUAUCAAGCGCAGAGAUAUGACACGGAUGUUUGUCCAUCCAUCUUUUCGAGAAUGGCUGAUAUGGAGAGAAGAAGGAGAAAAGACCAAGUUCCUGUGUGACCCUAGGAGUGGCCAUACGUUGCUUGCCUUCUGGUUUUCCCGUCAAGAGGGAAAACUCAAUAGACAGCAGACUAUUGAGCUGGGUCAUCAUAUUCUCAAAGCACACAUCUUUAAGGGACUGAGUAAAAAAGUUGGGGUCUCCUCCUCAAUUCUCCAAGGGCUUUGGAUUUCGUACAGCUCGGAAGGUCUUUCCAUGGCACUGGCCUCUCUGCGGAACUUGUACACUCCCAACAUAAAGGUCAGUCGACUGCUGAUCUUGGGAGGCGCCAACAUCAAUUACAGGACCGAAGUACUGAACAAUGCCCCAAUUUUAUGUGUCCAGUCUCAUCUUGGUUACACAGAGAUGGUAGCUUUGCUGUUGGAGUUUGGAGCAAAUGUUGAUGCCUCUUCAGAAAGUGGCCUGACGUCUCUUGGAUAUGCUGCUGCUGCUGGCUAUCUAAGCAUUGUUGCACUGCUGUGCAAGAAGCGAGCCAAGGUGGAUCAUUUGGACAAGAACGGUCAGUGUGCACUGGUUCAUGCAGCUCUCAGAGGUCACUUGGAGGUUGUCAAGUUUUUAAUUCAGUGUGACUGGACAAUGGCUGGGCAACAGCAAGGAGUGUUCAAAAAGAGCCAGGCCAUCCAGCAGGCACUCAUCGCUGCUGCCAGCAUGGGAUACACCGAGAUUGUCUCCUACCUGCUUGAUCUUCCAGAAAAAGACGAGGAGGAGGUAGAACGAGCACAAAUCAACAGCUUUGACAGUCUCUGGGGAGAGACAGCUCUGACUGCUGCAGCUGGACGAGGCAAGCUGGAUGUUUGUCGUCUGCUUCUGGAACAGGGAGCAGCUGUAGCCCAGCCUAAUCGACGUGGGGUUGUUCCAUUAUUCAGUGCUGUUAGACAAGGCCAUUGGCAGAUCGUUGAUCUCUUGCUCACCCAUGGUGCAGAUGUUAACAUGGCAGAUAAACAAGGUCGGACUCCCUUGAUGAUGGCAGCUUCGGAGGGGCAUUUGGGCACAGUAGAGUUCUUACUGGCACAAGGCUCAUCCAUUUCCCUAAUGGACAAAGAAGGACUUACUGCUCUCAGCUGGGCUUGCCUAAAAGGCCACCUUUCAGUAGUGCGAGCUUUGGUGGAGAGUGGAGCCGCUACAGACCAUGCUGACAAAAAUGGGCGCACUCCAUUGGAUCUAGCUGCAUUUUAUGGUGAUGCAGAGGUGGUGCAGUUCCUGGUGGAUCACGGUGCCAUGAUUGAGCAUGUGGAUUACAGUGGGAUGCGGCCCCUUGACAGGGCAGUGGGUUGCCGUAAUACUUCUGUUGUAGUCGCCUUACUGAAGAAAGGAGCCAAGAUAGGUCCAGCAACCUGGGCGAUGGCCACCUCCAAGCCAGACAUCAUGGUCAUCCUGUUGAGCAAGCUGAUGGAGGAGGGAGACAUGUUUUACAAGAAGGGGAAAGUGAAGGAGGCUGCCCAGCGCUACCAGUAUGCCCUGAAGAAGUUCCCCCGAGAAGGGUUCGGAGAAGACCUGAAAACCUUCCGGGAACUGAAGGUGUCACUCCUUCUCAACCUGUCGAGAUGUCGGAGGAAAAUGAAUGAUUUUGGAAUGGCGGAGGAAUUUGCUACUAAAGCACUGGAGCUGAAACCGAAAUCUUAUGAAGCUUACUAUGCAAGAGCAAGGGCCAAACGCAGCAGCAGCAGGCAGUUUUCAGCAGCACUGGAGGACCUGAACGAAGCCAUCAAACUAUGUCCGAACAACCGUGAGAUCCAGCGGCUGAUGAUGAGGGUGGAGGAAGAGUGCAGACAGACACAGGUGCAACUACAGCAAGAGCCUCUUGUAGUAUCUGAAUCUGAAACACAGCAUGAAGAGUUGUAUGCAGUGCAAGACAUCUUGGAAGAGGAGUAUCUUGAACAAGAUGUAGAAGAAAAUAUUUCUGUUGGCUUGCAGACUGAAUCACGGCCCAGCCAAACACUGCCCAUCAUCCAGAGCCCACCUUCUUCCCCUGCCCACCGGGACUCUGCCUACAUCUCCAGCUCACCACUUAGUUCACAUCAGGUGUUUGACUUCAGGUCAAAUAGUUCUGUGGGAUCACCAACAAGACAAGGGUACCAGCCCAACUCCCCAGCACUCUCUCCAACACACCAAAAUUCGCAUUAUAGGCGUAGUCCGCCACACACAUCUCCUGCUCACCAAGCCUCCUCUUACCGUUUUAGCCCACCUCCAGUAGGUAGCCAAGGGAAAGAAUAUCAAAGUCCACCUCCUUCUCCCCUUCGUAGAGGCCCUCAAUACCGAGCCAGCCCUCCUGCAGAUAGCAUGAGUGUCUACAGGGCUCAGUCCGGCUCACCAGUUCGAUAUCAGCAGGAACCCAGCAUCAGUCAGCUUCCCAAUCGGCCAAAAUCUCCACUCUCCAAAAUGACACAGAGGUCUUUCCAAAUGCUUCCACUGCCUGUUGCAGUCCCCCAGCAAGGGCUCAGGUUGCAGCCUGCCAAGGCACAGAUUGUCCGAAGCAACCAGCCAAGCUCAGCUGUGCAUUGUAGUACUGUGAUCCCAACGGGCACUUAUGGUCAAGUGGCUCAUUCAAUGGCCAGUAAAUAUCAGUCUGCAUCCACAGAAAUACCUGUUGGCCAAAAUCGGCUGGUCUACCAGAGCUCCAUUGGGGGUAUAGUGGGGGAUGGACGGCCCAUGCAGCAUGUUCAGGCCAGUCUCAGUGCAGGGGCCAUCUGCCAGCAUGGAGGGCUGGCUAAAGAGGAUCUUCCACAAAGGCCUUCCUCUGCCUAUCGUGGUGGGAUGAGAUAUAGUCAGACCCCACAGAUUGGGCGCAGCCAGUCAGCUUCCUAUUAUCCAGUCUGUCAUACAAAGCUUGAUCUGGAACGUUCCUCCCUACCUUCUAGCCAGCUUGGUUCACCUGAUAUCUCUCACUUGAUACGAAGGCCCAUUUCAGUAAACCCUAAUGAAAUAAAGCCUCAUCCGCCAACCCCAAGACCUCUCCUUCAUUCUCAGAGUGUUGGCCUCAGAUUUUCCCCUUCUAGCAAUAGCAUCUCAUCCACUCCCAGUCUGAAUCCCCCCUUCCGCCCUUCAGCUUCUAUUCAGCAGAUGGAGAUCCCCCUUAAGCCAGCCUAUGACAGGUCAUGUGAUGAGCUUUCCCCAGUCUCUCCAACACAGGGCGGUUACCCCAGCGAGCCUGCCCGCUCCAGGACCACGCCUUUCAUGGGAAUAAUAGAUAAAACUGCCCGAACUCAGCAGUAUCCCCAUCUGCACCAACAGAACAGAACCUGGGCUGUGUCUUCAGUGGAUACUGUUAUAAGCCCCACAUCUCCUGGAAACCUUCCCCAGCCAGAAACAUUCAGCCCACCUUCCUCAAUCAGCAGCAUUGCCUUUUAUAACAAAACCAACAAUGCACAGAAUGGCCACUUGCUGGAAGACGACUAUUACAGUCCACACGGGAUAUUGGCCAAUGGCUCCCGAGGAGACCUCCUAGAGAGAGUUAGCCAAACCUCUUCAUAUCCCGAUGUUAAGGUGGCCAGGACACUGCCUGUUGCACAGGCAUAUCAGGACAACCUCUAUAGGCAACUUUCCAGAGACUCCAGGCAAGGACAGACAUCCCCUAUCAAACCAAAGAGACCAUUUGUGGAGUCUAAUGUGUGAAAUGGACGUGUUUUGGAGUAAGAGCCUUGUGUUUUUCAGCACACGUUUCCGGGCUGAAUUCCCAUAUUACACUGCUGUUUUCUUCCUUUUUAAAAUUUUCAUUCUCUAGCAGGCCGCCAACCAGGGGUUUUUCUGUGAUUUCUGUGUGAUGACGAGGCAGUCCAAGACAUGCUCCAAACCCUUUGCUACACACAGCUGACCUCAGAUAAAGCCAGUACUGUAAAUGUUUUCAGCUGUCAAUUAGGCAAUGUUAGUACAUGGUAUUGGGGGCUAAACUAGAAAGAUUCUAUACAAACUCAAGGGAAGUAACCAGCUCUUUGAAGAAAAAUGUUAAUUUCCAAAUCUAAUUGAAUACAGGCUUUAAAACGCUUAUUAAAAUUUCCUACAGAAUAUUGAUCCCCGUUUGCUUGGAAAUUGCACUCCUUCAGUUAGCAUAGUGCUGUCCACAUUGUGUCCAAAGAGCUUGUUGACCUGCACAGAAUGGGGCUUUUAUUUUGUUUGUAAUACAAUGAGGAGCUAUGCAUCAAACCCAUCCUGCUUUAUCUGGUGUGAUAGGAUUGUACCUUAGUAUUAAAAAUUCAUGAUUGUGAAUUUUAAAAAUCCUUGCCAGCCAAUCUGUUGGUCUGGACUACCACGGGUAACAUUGUUUUGAAAGGCAUAUUUGGAAUAAUACUGUUUUGAUUUCCUCUGAGGCAGUUGAACAAAUAUUCAGGGAGAAAUCAACAUUCUCUCCACUUUAGCCAAUCAGUGGGUGGCUACCUCCGUCUGUAUUUCGGACUUUCUGUCCAUUUUUCAGUGGGCUUGUUGUCCUAAUGGAAUGGCACCUUACCUAUUCACACUCAAGGUAUUGUUCCCAUAUCAGCAAAGUUCAUUAUAAACUGUGGGAUGUCCCAUUAUUUUAAAGCAUGAUGGGGAACUGAGAAAGAGAACCAGAAUUGGUACAGAUACUCCCAUAGUGACAGUUAAUGCCCUCCUGCCCUUGAAUUCUGUAUUAGUAUCCUGUAGCAAUGCUUCCUGAGGUAGAGAUGCUUUGAGCCAUGUGGGCAUUCCUUUCUGGAGUGAAGCACUUUAUUUCACUCUUCUCUGGUUGUGGCACAUUAUGAUUUGGGUUUAGGUUAAUGUGAUACUGGGAUUUGAAGAAUAUGUUUUUGGAGUUAGAAGUUGGAACUGCGUUUUUAAGCCAAAUUCAGAAGGCAGAAUGAUUGAGAAAGGAACCCUGGGAGAAUAUCAGAUGUUGACAGAAAUGGUGAUGAGAUCUGGUGGCAGGAAAAGGUAGCAAGAGCUUUCAAAUUCAUGUCACUCAUUAGCUCAGGAAGGCCAGACUUGAUACCAUUGGGGUCUGAUAGAAGUAAUCUGUGAAUAUAUACAGGAGCUCAGACAGCAUCAGAUGAGGGAGCAUCCCCUUGACCUUGAAAUGGCAGGAACGCAAGCAAUGCAAAAUGAUACUUUGCCCUUUCUUCAUUUUCGUUGGGCAAAGGAUAAAGCUGGGUUCCUGUACAUUAAGCAGGGGUUUUUUUUAUACCAUAAUUGCACCUGAAGUGGACAGUCAAUCUCAUGGUCCCAGCUGAAAUGGAGUCUUUAUUUAUGAUUCAAUGGGUUUUGGAGCAUAAAUCAGGUGCCCGCAAAGUACCCUUUGCUUCAUGAUUUACUGUCAGUGCUUCCCUUCUUUUUGAAGUCUGUUGUCAUCAGGAGCUCCUCUGUUUAAACAAACAAGUGAUAGAAAAAGUAUUUCUAUUAAAUUUGCAAGGCUUGCAUCUUCAGAUGAGGUUGGUAGGUUCCAUACCUGAAAGUAUUACUGACAAUAUGUUAUGCUUUAGGGUCCUGGAACUCAGACAGACGAAGAGAUUUCAGGAAAUAUUGUGGUUCUCUUCAAAUGAGUAGCCAUUAUGGUUUGACUGUGAAAAGCCAGGGGAUGUUUUCAAGAGUUCAUUUUACUUUUACUUUGGUCCUUCAUUAGAGCUCUUUUUGCACAUCUUUUCCCAGCUCUUAAAUGUAUUCCAAAAUUUGUUUGCAGUAAUGGAAAACACUUAGCAGGAGGAGUAGCAUUAAUUCUUAUUCUGCUAGGGACUUGCUAAGGUAUGCUGGUAUCCUGCAAGUUCUGAAGUUGGCAGCUACUUCUUUUCAAGGAGCAGGGUGUGUUUCAGCGCUAUUUCAACUUGUAUAUUGAAAGGGACUGUGGUGUGCCUCAUUUUCUUGUGGGUAAGUGUGUGUAUGAGGGGGAAGGAAGGAGGGAGGUUUCAUAGAUAACCCAAGAUAUAAGGAAGGUGCAACUUUAAAUUUGAUUUCCUUUAUUGUUGGGAUGGAUAAAGCCAUUCCCUGCUUUCCCCACGCACAUUUCUUUUGUGUCCUGGGGAAGUAGAAAGCGUUGAUACCCUUUUUCCCCCUCUGUAUGAAGGGAUCCUCAUGAUUUUAGUGUCACCUUAGAAAUGUGUUCAGUCUUUAUAAAGACGGAUUAUUUUAAACUCUUCAAAACUGGAAUAUGCACCAAACAAGAAUAUGUUUGCUGUGUUUAUCAGUGAUUUGUGUAUUUUUUUAAAAAAAAGAUUGGUUGCAACUGCUUUGGAGCUGCUUGUAUCAUGCAGAAGAUUGAACCCAUUUUACUGCAGCGGACAGUGAAAGGUCAAAUUAAUAGCUUCUUUUGUCUGCCUUUUGCCUAUGAUAAAAGACAUACCAAAUUCUCUGGUACAAUUGGAGUGCACUGAGACAUCUCAUUAUCCUGUCUUUUCUGAUAAACCAACCAACCAAAUUUAGUCUCCUCUUCCAUGUGGGAGGUGAGGAACAAUGCUGCUGUCAUACUAAUCAUCUCUGCAGUUUCAAGAUAUGAAUCUUCUUGAUGGCAUAAUGCUGUAGUCUUGAGUCUGGCUGCUUUGCUCUGCUCUUCACUGCCAUGAGAUUCCCAGUACCAUAUCUGUUUACAUUUAGCAGUUAGUAAAAGAAGCGGCAUGCACAUUCAAAAUGAGGUUUUAAUACUUCCGUUGUGCAGGGUUUUCCCUCCCCCACUCCCCAACAGUACUGUGUUGUGAUUUCACAGGAUUUUUGCACUGAUAGGUUUGCCACCUGCUCUCUCUGUAAGUGGGGUGCACUUUACAGUUUCAUUUGUCACUAUGAUAAAUACUGGUUAUUUAAGUGUGAUUGGUGUCUUCAUUAGAUACACAACAGAACAGCUCUUGUCUUUCAGUGUAUUUUAAAAAAACAGAAGCAAUGACUCAUAAAAUAUAUAGCACAAGUAUUAGCUGUUGUACAUAAGCAUUAAAAGGUGAAGUAUUUUUUUCAAUAUAAAGAGAAAUAUUUGCUGUGAUUUACCCAACUGAUCUCCUAGCAAUUCUCUUUAGAGGCACCUGAGGCUUAAUUGUUACUGCUUUUAGUUACCAAGUAACACACAUCUCAGCUGAAAUAGGAGCUGGUUUGUCUUCGUUAGAAUUUAGCAGGAGGCAAUUCCUUCUGUAUUUGCUCUCAGCUGAGAUCUGGUUGCUCAUUGUGUCCUCUCCUGAAAUACAGUGUGAUAGAGCACAAAAUUUCUUUCACUGUCCCUUCUUCAAUUUAAAUGCCUUUUCAAGUGAGGCUUUUUCUACUCAGGAAAGUGUGAUAGAAUGGCUAACACACACACACACACACACACAAACGAGGGCUCCCAGACGGUUUUUUAAAAGGGUCAUGCAAAAAUACUGCACCUGUCCCCUUCCCCAACAAUACUUAAGCUGGAAUUUCAGAACUGUUUUUACCCAGAAAAUCAAACACACCAAAUAAACUAGUUUACUGAAUCCAGCAGCAUUUGUGCUUUGAAUGUUUGCCUGUGUUUUAUCAAAACCUGCCACCUGAUGUUAUUCUAACACUGCAGAAAAGCUUUCUUUUCUUUCUUUUGCUCAACAGAAGCCACAUUCUAGAACUGGAAUUUAGAUGCUGGCUUAUGGUGAGUUAUGACUCUUGCAGUUAUACCAGCUAGUUCUCUGGUUCUGAGGACCAAACUAGAGAUUACCUUGAUUGUAGGUAUGCAAUGACCAAGCAGAUUUUUUUUUGGGGGGGGGUAGGUUAGUAGCAGCCAUGAGGAAACCUGAGCAGCCUCAGAACCAUAGGAGUGGGGGGGGCAUCUUUCCUUUCUGUGGUCCCAACAACAAAUAUUUCCCCAAAGUUGCCAGUGCAAGUAGUAACAUCAGGACCUUGGCAGAGAGAGAGUGUGUGUUAAUUUUUUUCUCUCCACCCCUGCCAGUGCCAAGCCUGCAUAGGCUUUAGCAUGGCUGCUAUUGACAUCACAACACGCACACCCCAAAAAAAGCUGUGCAUUUGAAUUGCAUUCAAGCAAUUAACUUCACUCUGGUUUAGCCCCAAGUCUGCUUCCUAGGGGUCUGGUCACUUGGGUGCCUAGAAUUGAGGCUGGCACCUAGAAAUUUGAAGUAAUUAGUCUGAGCUGGCUCUCUAAAAUAGGAUAGGAACCUGCCUUGCAAGCUCUACCUGACUCCAGGGGAGAGAGCUAUCAGCUUUGAACAUGACUGUACUGCAGGCUAUAAGAAAUGUUCAUAUAGGUCAAGAGUUAAGUGGCUGAAGAUACACCUUCCUUUGCAGUUUCAAAGUGGCAGAGGCUGUCCACAUAAUGGAGAGCGUUUGGGAAGGAGAAUAUUUCUUUCAAAUACUAAGCCUGAAGGGUGUUUUUAAAAUGUAUUUCUUUUUACGAGCUUUAGAGAAUGGACUGCAGAGAAAGGGGGAAAGCCUGCACUACGUUGAAAACCUAAGUCACGAGCCUGGCCUUUUGCAGCAGUGAAUAAAUUGCUGCUGUUCCAGAUCCACACAGAAAGUAAUCUAGUAAAAACCAAAGUGCCAGCUUCUCCACGCCUUACAUAAAGUAAUGAACAUCACUGCGUGCCUAAAAAUUAUUCUCCUCUGUUUAAGGUGGUCCCUUGCAAACUCUUGGAUGGCAGGCUGCAUCUCUUCCCCCUUCCCUCUUCUUAGACCUACUGGGUGUUUCAGGGCCUUCAUCUGCCAGAGUUCAGUUUAUAAAAAGGGCUUAGAAGGGGGCAGGAACUAACAUACCUCCUUUGACAUGUUAGAUGCCUUCACUAAAUGUAUGGUUGCUGUGAAAAGGGAAGGAGGAACUUGGGGCACAAGCACAAAGGGGUGGAAAACCUGAACUGCUCCCCCCCCCGAAUUACUUGAAUUUAAUUGCUGGAUAAUUUUUCUCCCCUAACAACAAAAAUCAUAUUAAGGGCUGAAAUUACAUAGCAGACUAUUUUGUUUGCAGUUCUUGAUUAUGGCUAUUUUGUCCAUCUCCUGAACCAGACUAGGCCCUCACUGCAAAUAAAUCCCUGCAAUCCUUCUUGGCAAUCACUUGGGAGUUUCUCUCACAACUGGUUUCCCCUUAGAAAGGCAGACGCAGCUGGCCUAUGGCAGCUUCCAAGUUGAGAGGCUACUGAGAAAAUACAAUGAGGUUUUGCACUUUUUACACUUGUUUAGAAGGGGAAAGGAGAUGAUGCUUUUCUGCUGACUGCACCACACUUGAGUUUAUGAGAGAGGGGGACAGUUCAGCUCUGUUCUGCCUGGACAUGCACCAGACCCUAAGUCCAUUUCCUAUGCUUACCCACAAUUAUUUACUGAUACUGAUAUUUCUACAGAAUGCAAGGCACUAAUCUGUAUAGGUCCAGGGUUUGGGGUAUUUUUGGAGGGGAUGAAUGUUUUGCACCAGUUAAACGUGUUUCCCAUGCCAAUGGUGUUCUUUCAUUGAGCAUUUUCUUCCCCGUGAGCAUUGCAGCAUUUUGCCUGCCUUGUCUGCCUCUGUACAGUAACACAGCACUCCUUUGUAUUAAAACCUUUCUGGUUUGCCAUCCUUCAAGACACUUGCUGGGAAGACACUGACUUUUUCCUUUUAGCUUUUCUAUAAUUCUGAUGUAAAGGAUUUUCUCUGUACAGUAUAAUAAUAUUCAAUUGCAUGUUCUGUUCUCUUACUGAUAUAUUGAAUCACCACACAGUUGUGAUCUUUUGCAACAGGGCAGCCGCACAAAUACCUGCACUCGGCUAAGGCUCUUGGCCACCCCUGUAUAAAGGAAAGAAAUGUGUUUCUUUCCCUUCACUGUACUUGCUUGAGCAGAGUUUUAUUGUCUGUACAUGUGAGCUGUGAGAUAGACGUGGAAAAAGUUCAAAAAGAAUGCAUUCUCCCCUGCCCCUCCCUAAUGUAUACAGAUUGUAUCCUGUACAAUGAACUGUAUGUAUGAAAAAAAUGUACUUAUUUAUAAAUGGUUAACACUUGGAAA